GUGGCUCAAGGUAUAGGACCUGAGUUCAAAAUUCCAGUAUGGAAAAAAAAAAAGGCCUGAGAACCAGGGGAGCCUAUGAUGUGCCUCCCAGGACUAGCCCAGAAACCUGAGAAUCAGAUUCAGGUAGGGUGUAAGUCCCAGGGUAAGGCCCAAGAAACAGGAGCUCUGAUGGGCAGCAAAAGAUGGAUGUCCCUGCUCAAGAAGAGAGAAAAUCCACCUUCCUCUACAUUUUGGUUCUAUUCCUGCCUCUAAGGGAUUAGGUGAUGCCACCCACCCUGGUGAGGGUGAGGGUGAGGGUGAGGGUGCACCUCUGUACUCACUGAUUUAAAUGCUAACCUCUUCCCAAAAGACCUCCAUCAGCAGUCCUAGGAAUAAGAUUUCAUCAGCUCUCUGGUUCUCAGUCCAGUCAAGUUGUCACAAAAAAAUUUACCAUCUGGGCCAGUGUACUACUUGAAUUCUGUUAUCUCAGCUACUUGGGAGGCCAUAGGUUAGGAGUAUCUAACGUGGCAAAAACAUGAGACCCUAUCCCAAAAACAAAGCAAAAUAAAAUUUCAAUGGUAGACCACCUGCCUAGCAAGUGCAAGGCCCUGAGUUCAAACCCCACUACUGCCAAAAAAACAAAAACAAAAAAAUAAACAAACAUACAAAAAAAACAUUGCAGGUGCUUGGCAAAUAUAAUUAAUAACUGGGUUAUUCAACAUAGGCCUUGGUUUCCCCAUCUACUAAAUGGGGCUAAUGAGACCCAUUUCCCUAAGCUGUGGAAAAGAUUAAAUGAGAUAUGCAUGUCAAGUGUCAGAUACUUAAUAAAAAGCAGCUAUAAUAAUUAUCAUUAGCACAAUCUUUUUCUUUCUUUCUUUUUUUUUAGGAGCUCUGAUAGUGUUGCUGAGUAGCCCAGGCUGGCUUUGAAUGUGUGAUUCUUCUUUUUCAGCCCCCUUAAUGUUGAGAUGUAUGUACCACCAUGUCCAGCUUACCAUCAUUUCUAUUUAGAUCCACUUUGAGUUUGUUCAGACAGUUAAGGUAUCAUAAUUUACAUUGUAAUAACUACCAAAUGUUGCCCUCAGCAGACACAGCUCUGUGGAUCCAGAGAAGUACCUAUUGCAGCUGUGAAAGCCUUCCAGGCUCUGGACCCUGUGUUCUGAAGAUGGCAGCCAGGGUGCUUUGGGGUGGCCUCAGCCUGCUGCGAGUGCUGUGGUGUCUCCUGCCACAGACGGGCUAUGUGCACCCAGAUGAAUUCUUCCAGUCACCUGAGGUCAUGGCAGAGGACAUCCUGGGCGUGCAGGCCACACGGCCCUGGGAGUUUUACCCCAGCAGCUCCUGCCGUACGGUGGUCUUCCCACUGCUGACCUCAGGCUCUGCCUUCUGGUUGCUCAGGGUCUGGGAAGAGCUGGGGCCGUGGUCUGACCAAGUGAGUGGCUACAUGCUGCUGGUGGGGCCCCGACUCCUCCUCACUGCCCUCUCCUUUGCCCUGGAUGGGGCUGUGUACCAUCUGGCCCCACUGUGGGGAGCCAAUCGCUGGAACGCACUAGCCCUGCUUUCUGGUUCCUACGUCACUCUCGUGUUCUACACAAGGACCUUCUCCAACGCCAUCGAGGGACUGCUCUUCACGUGGCUGCUGGUACUGGUGUCCCCCCAUGUGGCAUGGGGCCCCACACCCAACAAGCUCACCUCAAGUCCACGGUGGCACAGCUGGCUUCUUGGGGCCAUCGUGGCUGCUGGCUUCUUCAACCGGCCCACUUUUUUGGCCUUUGCUCUGGUUCCCCUCUUCCUCUGGGCCAUUCAUGGAGCCAUGAACCCUGGCUUGAAGGCCCUGACCUUGGAGGCCCUGGUGCUGCUCCCUGGGGCGGUCCUCACUUCAGUGUUAUUUGUAGCCAUGGACAGCUGGUACUUUUCCAGCCUCUCCAGAUCCAGUCGCCUUUUCCUUACACCCAUCAACUUCCUACACUACAACCUGGAUCCCCAAAACCUUGCAAGGCAUGGCACACACAUGCGGCUUACCCACCUGACAGUCAAUGGUUUUCUGCUUUUUGGUGUGCUGCAUGCUCAGGCGCUGCGGGCUGCAUGGCAAGAGCUGCAAGUCUGCCUCCGGGUCUUUGCACAAAUGGGCCUCAGGGUACCAGGUGCCUGGGGCCUGCUGUCUGGCCCCAGGUCUUACCUCCUUCUCCUCUACUUCAUGCCCCUAGCCCUGCUGUCUGCCUUUAGCCACCAGGAGGCUCGGUUCCUGAUUCCUCUCAUAGUCCCCCUAGUCCUGCUUUGUAGUCCACGAACUCAACCUGUGCCCUGGAAAGGCACCCUGGUCCUCUUCAAUGCCCUAGGUGCCCUCUUCUUCGGUUGUCUGCAUCAGGGGGGCCUGGUACCUGGCCUAAAGUACCUGGAGCAGGUAGUGCAUGCACCUGAGCUCCCAAGCAUGCCUACCCACUACACACUCCUCUUCACUCACACCUACAUGCCUCCUCAGCACCUCCUACACCUCCCAGGCAUGGGGUCACCUGUGGAGGUGGUGGACAUGGGUGGGUCUGAGGACUGGGCCCUGUGCCAAGCCCUGAACAACUUCACCAGACAACCAGCCUGCCAAGCAGCUGGUGGGCCAUGGCUCUGUCGCCUUUUUGUGGUGACCCCUGGGACCACCAGGGGUGCGGUGGAUAAGUGCAGCUUCCUGCUCAAGAACGAGACACUUAUGUUUCCCCACUUGACCCUGGAGGACCCACCAGCCUUGUCCUCCCUGUUGAGUGGGGCUUGGAGGGAUCACCUCAGUCUUCACAUUGUGGAACUGGAGGAGACGUCUGACAAUAUGACAAAGCAACCCCUGUCCAAAACUCAGCAUUAGGAGAAGGUGCCAUUUCACCUUCUCCACAGGCAGCUGGGCUGGGGACAUUGGGACAGGGCCCUAGUCCUCCUUCAGGAUCCCUACUGCUCCCUCUUCUCGGCACAGCCGUUGGUUUUCUGCCUUCUGGGUGAGCCCACACGCCUUUCCCUGAGACACCAAAGAUCUGACUACUCGUGGUCCUAAUGCCAAAGUCCCCCCCCCCCCAGGCUCCAGCACAACCAUUGGCAUCAAAUGUCUGUUCCUGCCCUACCCCUUCCAGCCACUGUAAUGUUUUAAAUAUAUAACAGCACCUGGCUGUAAAUGAUGAUGCACUGCUAAUAACAUUCCUGAAUUACCUCUCCCAGACUUUCUACAUCUUACCUCUUGCUGUCAUGACAGUCCUUUGGCUUCCUAAGGCUAGUGGGCCUUCUGGACACUUGGGAGACAGUGUGGUGAAAUAGAGAGAACAGGUGGCUCAGAUUCAGGGGAUUCAAGUUCUAGUCCCUGGCCUGUCACUCACUAUGAUCUUGAGAAAGCCCCAUCUACUGCCUGGUACCAUGUUCCCUGGCUCAAGAGGCACGUCUCUCACAAAGCUCUUUAACCAUGGAAGUGGGAGGUGAAUUAUAGUUAAUGGUAUUUUGGUUCCUGCUGUCUCAGUAUUUGGUUAUUACCAAGACAAGUCAUUCUGGAAAUUUUCUCCUACGUUUUUCUACUUCUCUCCCUGAAUAGUGAUGGGAACCUCUCCAGCCAUUUCUGCACCAUGCCCUCAAGAAUUAUUUCCCCAGAGCCUGGGGGAUGUAGCUCAGUAAUAGAGUGCUUGUUUAACAUGCUCAAGGCCCUGAAGGGUCAAUCACCAGUAUGUAUGCACAUGUACACACACACAAACACACACACAGUCAUUCUCUGAUUUGGAAGCCCAGAUAUGCUCUCUUCUCAGCACACGGUUUUGCAGGCCCUCUCAGCCUGGCUCAGCGGGAACUGAGAACACAUGAGGUUCAAUAUCUGGUAACCAGCCUAAAAGUUUUUCCUAAGGCUUCAAGCUGUCUAGCGUUCAUCAUGGACUGUGUAGCCUAAGUAUAGAGGACCAGAAAUUGAGCUAGGAGCCUCAAAGUGACAGGGCAUUUCUUCAUACAACAGAUUUCCUAAUCAUGGGUCCAACUAAAACCAUUAAUUUGUAUAGGAAUCCAGUAAUCUUGUUCCGUGGUAGGCAGUAAUCUUACUGCCUAGUGGUGAUGGAAAAGGCAGUCCCUGAGGAGCAGGGUAAAUGGUGCAGAGGCUGUGAUUAAGGGCUCAGGCCCUGGAGUCAACUCUACGUUCACACCCCAGGCUCCUCAAGUCUUUGGGCAACUUAGAAGUGGUCUCCACCUCCUC